AUGUAAAUACACAACAGAUCACAAUGAUAGAAUGCAAGAAAGGAAAUACUAAAAGGUGCCACUUGAGAAAAAGUUUUUCCCCUGAGUUAAGACCUCAUUGUCUCUCACACACACACUUUCUCUCUCUCUAAAAGUUUUGAGGUUGUUCCUGCUCUUAAUCUGCCAAGGUUGCCGGGAUGUCGAACUCACGCGCUCUCUCUGCGCCACUCGCUCUGCUUCUUCUUCACUCGCUCCUUUUUCUCGUCUCUGCUCAGAGAUCUACCUGGAACACUCUCGGCGGAGGUGCGCCGUUGGUUGUAGCACGUGGUGGAUUUUCGGGGAUACUUCCUGAUUCCAGUGGUGCUGCCUAUAAUUUGGCAGUAAUAUCGACUGGGCCAGAUGUCUAUAUAUGGUGUGAUGUGCAAUUAACAAAAGAUGGAGUUGGGAUUUGCCAGCCAGAUAUAAAUCUUGCAAAUUCUACUUACAUUGCAACCAUUUACCCAAAUAAAACCACAAGUUACUCAGUUAAUGGUGUGCCCACCAGUGGCUAUUUUCCUCUGGAUUAUACCCUGAAGGACCUAUCUAGUGUCAUCUUAACUCAGGGAGUAUACUCUCGAUCCACCCUGUUUGAUGGAAACAAUUUUGGAAUUCUUACUGUUGAUGAUUUAGUUAAAUUAGAUAAAAAACCAAAAGGAAUAUGGUUGAAUAUUCAGCAUGAUGCAUUCUACGCACAACACAAUUUGAGUAUGAGAAGCUUUGUGCUUUCAGUUUCUAGAAGCGUAGUUUUCAGUUAUAUCUCAUCACCUGAGGUUGGUUUUCUGAGAAGUAUAGCAUCACGUUUCAACCCAAAAACAACAAAAUUGGUCUUCAGGUUUAUGAGACAGAGUGACGUAGAUCCAUCAACCAAUCAGACUUAUGGUUCGCUUUUAAAAAAUCUAACAUUUAUCAAGACAUUUGCUUCUGGAAUUCUUGUUCCAAAGGGAUACAUAUGGCCCGUAGAUGCAACUCUUUAUCUACAAUCACAUACAUCUUUGGUCUCAGAUGCACAUAAAGCAGGGCUGGAAGUUUUUGCAUCAGAUUUUGUGAAUGAUGUUCCAUCUAGCUUCAAUUACAGUUAUGAUCCUCUUGCCGAGUACCUCCAAUUUGUAGACAAUGGUGACUUCUCUGUUGAUGGUGUGCUGUCUGAUUUUCCCAUAACUCCAUUUGAAGCUAUAGGUUGCUUUGCUCACCUAGGCACCAAUGCUACGAAAAAAGAUAAAACUUUGGUUAUCUCAAAAUAUGGAGCAAGUGGAGAUUAUCCUGCUUGUACCGACUUAGCAUAUAAUAAGGCCAUAUCUGAUGGUGUGGAUGUUCUUGACUGUCCUGUUCAAAUGUCUAAGGACGGAACACCAUUUUGCUUAAACUCCAUUGAUCUUAUAGAGAGUACAACAGUCGCCCAAUCAAGCUUCAGCAAAUUUGCCAUGACUAUCCCUGAGAUCAAAUCUGGCAGUGGCAUAUUUGCAUUCAACUUGACAUGGAAUGAUAUAAAAAUCUUGACCCCCUCAAUAUUGAACCCUUUUGCAAAAUACAGAUUGUUCAGGAAUCCAAGAUCUAAGAAUGCUGGGACAUUGUUGGCAUUAUCAGAUUUCUUGUCCUUGACAAAAAAUCAGACUUCUCUAUCAGGUGUUGCUAUCAUUGUUGAGAAUGCAGCCUAUCUUGCAGACAAGCAAGGAUUAAGUGUGAUUGAUGCUGUCAUCGGUGCUUUAAGCAAAGCAGGUUAUGAUAAACCAGGAUCCCAAAAGGUUUAUAUUCAAUCCACUAAUAGUUCUGUACUGCUGAAAUUCAAGGAGAAAACCAGUUAUGAGCUUGUGUACAAGAUUGACGAGACUGUUGGAGAUGCAGCUAAUGCAGCUGUUGAGGAUAUAAAGAGCUUUGCUAGUUCUGUUGUUGUCAACAAGGACUCCGUAAUUCCUAAUAAUAAUCUAUUCCUGACGGCCUAUACAAAUAUUGUGCCAAAGCUAAAAAAUGCUAACCUCUCAGUUUUUGUAGAAACAUUCAGCAAUGAGUUUGUGUCUCAAGCAUGGGAUUUCUUCUCAGAUCCAACUGUUGAGAUCAACUCGUAUAUUGAGGGAGCACAAAUUGAUGGUAUCAUCACAGACUUCCCUAAAACUGCUGACAGAUACAGAAGGAACAAAUGCUUAGGUUUGGGUGACAACAAACCUACUUACAUGGAACCUGUUCAACCAGGUGGUCUUUUUGGACUCAUUACCAAAGAAUUCUUGCCUCCAGCAGAGGCUCCGCUUCCACCCUUGACAGAAUCUGAAGUGGCAGAGUCACCUUUGCCUCCUGUUGCUAAAAUAGCCCCAGCUUCCAGCCCGAAUGCCAGAACCAAAUUUCCACAGGGAAAUUCACAGCCUAAGGUCACUGUCUGCUUCUUCUUGUCCACUCUGGCUGUGUUUAUAGCUUCUCUUCUUCUGCUUUGAGUAAAAUCAUCUCUAAACUUCCUUCUAAGAAAAAAAAAUGGAGAAAAGGUUGCUUUUGGUGGUCUCAACCCUCUAUUUUCCACAUCUCUUCUAGGUUUGAGUGGCAUGAAGCUUUUGGCUUCAGACUAGAUGAACAAUCCACAUUUUUUUUUGUUCUUCUUAGAAGGAGCAAAUUCUUUCAAUCUUAUUUGUUGUAGCUACGCUUGUCCAUUCUUAGUUCCUCAAUUGCUUCUCGGGUUGGAUACUAUGAGCACAAAAGCCUGCGUGGUAUAUAUCUAUGAAUUCUUUUUAGAUGUGUAUUUUGUAUCUUUUGCUGCAAGAUAUAUUUAUAUUUAAUACUUGUCGGGGUGCAUUUCGCAUUA